AUGAGCCAGCUCCGGACCACAAAGGCUGGACUUGUGGCUUGUGGUGUGAUGUGUGCCUUCAUCCUACUUUACUUUCGGAGCCCAAGUCCUGAGGAGGCUGAGGGAGAGCCCACCUAUCCAGCUGUAGUGGAAUGUGGCUUCUAUCCAGAUGAAUUGUGCUCGGCUUUAUUUGAAGGGAAAAAGGCAGCCCCCCAAAUUGCACAAUUCUGCAAACCCCCUCACAACUCUGAAAUACUUGCUCAUUUACGUACACCCGGAAACUGUUCCAGAAUGAACCAGGGAUUGCAUUUCAUAUCUAGACCCCUGUCUGUAGAAGAGGGAAACUUCUCUUUGGCAUAUGUUAUACAUGCUCAUGAGGAGCUGGCCAUGUCUGUUCGGCUUCUCAGAGCGAUUUAUGCACCUCAGAAUGUCUACUGUAUCCACAUUGAUGUGAAGGCCCCAAAGAAGUUUAAGAGAGCCAUGCAAACCUUCGUGCACUGUCUUGAAAACGUCUUUAUUUCAUCAAGCACACAGAAGGUGGCUCAUGAUGGCCUCAGGAGGCUGCAGGCAGAGAUUGACUGCAUGAGGGACCUCAUCCACUCCACAUUUCAAUGGCACUAUGUCAUGAAUCUCGGCGGCCAGGAAUUUCCAAUCAAAACCAACAAAGAAAUCAUCCGCCAUAUCAGAACCAAGUGGAAGGGGAAAAACAUCACUCCUGUGUUGAUCCCACCCCUAAACGCCAAACCCAGGGCAGGCCAAAGCCCCUUGAAGCCCAGCCCUGAAGAAAAUGCCUACACAUCAACAAACACAAGGUUCAAACGAAAACCGCCCCACAACCUAACAGUGUACUCUGGAAGUGCUUACUAUGCACUUACAAGAAAGUUUGUAGGGUUCGUCCUGACCGAUCCCCGUGCAAAAGACAUGCUGCAGUGGUCCAAAGACAUCCACCGCCCAGAGCAACACUACUGGGUGACCCUGAACCAACUGAAAGAUGCUCCAGGGGCCACACCAGAUGCUGGGUGGGACGGAAACAUUCGAGCCACUAAACGAAGAUCAGAGGAGGGAGAUGGUCACAAGGGGUGUACAGGCCACGAUGCCCAAGACACCUGUGUGUAUGGCCUGGGAGAUCUGCCUUGGCUCAUCCAAUCGCCAGCUUUGUUUGCCAAGUUUGAGCCCUCCACAGACCCCCUGGUGGUGGCAUGCCUAGAGAGGCGACACAGACUCAGAGCCUUACAGCAGGCUGAGGUCCCUGCAGAGCCACACUGGCUAUUUCCCCAGGAAAGCCAUUUCAACAGUCAACCCCACCACUGA